AUGGGGGUUAAAUUUCUUGAGUUUAUAAAACCAUUUUGUGGAUUAGUUCCAGAAAUAGCUCAACCAGAUAGAAAAAUUCAAUUUCGUGAAAAAGUCGCAUGGACCGCUGUCACUUUGUUUGUUUUCUUAGUAUGUUGUCAAAUUCCUCUUUACGGAAUCAUGUCAUCAGAAUCUGCUGACCCUCUUUAUUGGCUCCGUGUUAUUAUGGCUUCUAACCGUGGUACUUUAAUGGAGCUUGGGAUUUCACCAAUUGUCACUUCUGGUAUGAUUAUGCAAUUAUUGGCUGGUGCAAAACUUAUCGAAGUUGGUGAUACACCAAAGGAUCGUGCUCUUUUCAAUGGUGCCCAAAAACUUUUUGGCAUGCUUAUAACUGUUGGUCAAGCUAUUGUUUAUGUUGCUUCUGGUAUGUAUGGUGCUCCAAGUGAAAUUGGAUCUGGAAUUUGUCUUCUUAUUGUUAUUCAAUUGACUAUUGCAUCACUUAUUGUUCUUCUUCUUGAUGAACUUUUACAAAAGGGAUAUGGUCUUGGUUCUGGUAUUUCACUCUUCAUUGCAACAAAUGUCUGCGAAACUAUUAUCUGGAGAGCUUUCUCACCAACAACAAUUAAUACUGGACGUGGUACUGAAUUUGAAGGGGCAGUCAUUGCUUUCUUCCACCUUUUGGCUACAAGAAAUGAUAAAAUUCGUGCUCUUAAUGAAGCUUUCUACAGACAAAAUCUUCCAAAUUUAAUGAAUCUUCUUGCUACAGUCUUUAUUUUCGCUGUUGUUAUCUAUUUCCAAGGAUUCCGUGUUGAUAUUCCAGUCAAAAGUUCUCGUUUCCGUGGUCAACGUUCAACUUACCCAAUCAAACUCUUUUACACUUCAAACAUACCAAUUAUUCUUCAAUCAGCACUUGUAUCAAAUCUUUUUAUAAUAUCUCAAAUGCUUGCUAACAAAUUUGGAGGAAACUUUUUUGUUAAUCUUUUAGGUAAAUGGUCUGAUGGUGCUGGAGGUUACCGUAGUUCACCAAUUGGUGGAUUGUGUUACUAUCUUUCUCCACCAGAAACAACUGCUGAUAUAAUUUUGGAUCCAAUUCAUACCAUUUUGUAUAUUGCUUUUAUGCUUGGAUCAUGUGCAUUUUUCUCUAAAACAUGGAUUGAUGUAUCUGGAUCUUCAGCUAAAGAUGUUGCUAAACAAUUUAAAGAACAACAAAUGGUAAUUUCUGGACAUCGUGAAACAUCAAUUGUUCAUGAACUUAAUCGUUACAUCCCAACAGCAGCAGCUUUUGGAGGUGUUUGUAUUGGGGCACUUUCUGUAACAGCAGAUUUCCUUGGAGCCAUUGGAUCAGGAACAGGUAUUUUGUUAGCUGUAACAAUUAUCUACCAAUAUUUCGAAACAUUUGUUAAGGAACAAAGAGAAAUGGCUGGUGUUGGAUUGUUUUGA